UAAUUAACUCAACCGUUGAAGUUAAUAAAAUAUCAGGUUACCAUAUUGCCCUCGCCUGUCUUUUAAUGAAAAUUGUAAACCAAAAACCUGUGUAUUUGACUCUUUUGAGUCUUUCCCUUUUGAUAAAUGAAGCGUCUGUUUAACGGAAAGUGCCUUUUUUCCUUAACAACCUUACACCUUUCCCGCCAAAAGAAACGGUCAAAUUAUCAUACAAAAGCCAAUUUCAUUGAAAAGCUUCGUAAUUGCAACCAUUUCAAUGCAGCUAUCUCAACGCAUAGUUCUCUAUUCAAAUCUGGGCUUUUGUUUGACACCUUCACCAUCAAUCAUCUCAUCAAUUGCUACAUUCGUCUCCACAAAACCGGUCAUGCGCAGCAGCUGUUCGACGAAAUGCCUGAACCUAAUGUCGUAUCAUGGACUUCGAUUAUAGCUGGCUAUGUCGACACGGGUCAACCCAAAUUUGCUCUCUGGUUAUAUACGAAAAUGCCUGAGAGUUCAGUAGUACCUAAUGAUUUCACUUUUUCAACUGUGAUUAAUGCGUGUUCGAUUCUCGCUGACCUCGAAACUGGCAAGAAAAUCCACACCCAUAUUGAGCUUUUGGGUUUUCAAGGAAAUCUUGUGGUGUGUUCUUCAUUGAUUGAUAUGUAUGGGAAAUGCAAUGAUCCUGAUGGAGCUAGGCGGGUUUUUGAUUUGAUGGAGUACAGGAAUGUUGUUUCUUGGACUUCACUUGUCGCAGCAUAUGCACAGAAUGCAAGAGGACACGAAGCACUUCAAGUUUUCAGAGAAUUCAGUAGUUUGAUGAGAGAAAGUCCUAACCAUUUUAUGUUAGCUAGUGUGAUCAAUGCUUGUGCAAGCUUGGGGAAGCUGGUUUCAGGGAAAGUUGCACAUGGGGCAGUGAUUCGCAGUGGCCAUGAGAUAAAUGAUGUGGUUGCAAGUGCACUCGUUGACAUGUAUGCCAAAUGUGGGUGUUUUAGUUAUUCGGAUAAGGUUUUUAGGAGAAUUACAGAUCCUUCUGUCAUUCCAUAUACAUCGAUGAUUGUCGGUGCUGCAAAAUAUGGACUUGGAAAACUCUCUCUCCAGUUCUUUGAUGAGAUGAUUGAGAGAAGAAUAAAACCAAAUGAUAUCACUUUUGUCGGAGUUUUGCAUGCAUGUAGUCACUCAGGACUUGUUGACGAAGGGCUAAAACAUCUCAAUUCCAUGUACGAGAAACAUGGAAUAAUGCCUGAUACAAAGCACUAUACUUGUGUUGUUGACAUGCUCAGCCGAAUUGGGUGUCUAGACGAGGCUCACCGGUUAGCAAAAUCUAUUAGGGUGAACCCUGAUGAAGGAGCUCUCUUGUGGGGCACGCUUUUGUCGGCUAGUAGGCUCCAGGGACGAGUAGAUAUAGCUGUCGAAGCCAGUAAAUGGCUAAUUGAAUCCAAUCAGCAAGUAGCAGGUGCUUAUGUCAUAUUAUCAAACACUUAUGCAUUGGCUGGGGAGUGGGAAAAUGCCAAUAGUCUUCGGUCCGAAAUGAGGCGUGUUGGAGUUUAUAAGGAACCUGGGUGCAGCUGGGUAGAGAAUAAGGAUUCAACUUAUGUGUUCUAUGCAGGCGAUCUAUCGUUUGAAAGAGGAAGUGAAGUGUUGAGUUUGCUAAAGGAUUUGGAGAGGAGAAUGAAAGAAAAGGGUUAUGUGGGGGGAAGCAUGGGAUUAGUAUUUGUUGAUGUGGAACAAGAAGCCAAGGAGGAAAUUGUGGGUCUGCACAGUGAGAGGUUGGCCUUAGCCUUUGGAUUGAUAAGCAUGCCCAAAGGAAUCACUAUUAGAGUGAUGAAGAACUUGAGAAUGUGUAAAGACUGUCACGAGGCUUUCAAACUAAUAAGUGAAAUUGUAGAGAGAGAGAUUGUAGUGAGAGAUGUUAAUAGAUUUCAUCAUUUUAAGAAUGGAUCUUGCUCUUGCAUGGAUUUUUGGUGACAAUCAUUGCAUUAUAUUACUUACAAAUUUACUA